AUGAAGACAACCAAAAGAAAGCAUUUAGAAAAAUGGUUUUCUCACAUAGGAGAGCUUAGAUCUCUAUUUCCCAAAGCUUCUGUUGUGGCUCUCAGUGCUACAUGCACUCUGAAGAUUCAACAUAGAGUGAUGAAAGUUUUAUGUUUGUCACCAUCUACCAAGGUGAUCAAACUUCCACCAAAUCCAGCCAAUGUAAAACUCUGUGUCUCCAAGGUGCCUUACAAUAUAGAACAUUCUAUGGCAUUUCUUGCAGAUGCAAUCACGGAUUACAAUUUUCCGAAAACGCUGAUGUACUGUACUUCAAUAACAGACUGUGCAGCCAUAUAUAAUUAUUUGUGCAAAGAACUACCCGACUGUGAAAUUGAAAUGUACCACUCUGAAACAGAACAGGAAAAAAAGGAUUCAAUACUUGGAUUAUUACAGGACCCAUCAUCUAAAUGGAAGCUCAUUAUAGCGACCAAUGCACUGGGCAUGGGGAUUGAUGUUAAAGACUGUCACUCUCUCAUCUUCUUGGGACUCCACAAGAUUAAUCGUGGAUUUAUUCCAGGAGAUUGGAGAGUGGGAAGGGAUGAGCAGCCUUCUCUUGCCUUACUACUGCAUCAUGGACACCAUUUGAGAUCGCAUAGGAAACUGAAGUAA